AUGCUUGCCAGAGUCGGACUGAGAUCCUCCAGAAUCGUUGGUUCUAACAUCGCAGCCUCCACCGCUGCUCUUCACACUUCUGCUUCACGCAAGGUGGAUAUCCCAUUCCUCAAGCACUACCCACAACCUCCAGGUUACAUUGUUGGUACCGUUAACGAUGCGUACGUUGGGCCAAAGCCAUCCCACAGCCAUGGCUCGCUCCAUUGGAGCGCUGAGAAAGUGAUUGCCAUCGGCAUGGUUCCGUUGGCCACUAUUCCAUUCGUCACUGGCUCGUUUGCUCCAGUUCUCGAUGCCACCUUUGCAACCUUCAUACUCGCACACUCCUGGAUUGGCUUCCAAUCCUGUAUCAUUGACUACAUCCCAACCAGAGUGUACGGGAAGCAGCACGACUACGCCAUGUGGCUGUUGACCUUUGGUACCGGAAUCGCCGCGUAUGGUAUCUACCAGAUCGAGUCCAACGAUGUCGGUAUCACUGGCCUGUUGAAGAAGUUGUGGACUAAGCCAGAGGAGAAGAAGUGA